AUGUUUAAACUAAUUAUAUUUGCUUUCUUGAUGCAUUAAUGUUUGAGUGUGGAUGUUGAUCCAAAUACUUUUAGUAAUUAUUUGGAAGUAAGAAUGAACCAUUUGCAUGUAGAAUGGUUAUUAAAUUUAGAUAAAAAAAUAGUUAAUGGCACAGCUCAAAUUUCUUUUAAGUUUUUAAAGCAUGCCAAUUAUGUAUCAGUUUAUAUUUAUAAUAGAUUGAUUUAGAUGUAUAUCAAUUAGACAUUCUUAAUGUAUAUUAAUUGAAUGGGAAUGCUUUUAAAUAUGAAAUCCAAGUCGUCAAAUAAUAAUCUUUAAUUUAAGGUGACAGAUUACAUAUAGUUUUGGAUAGAGUUUAUAAUCCUUUAGAAAAUUUAACAUUAAGGAUUAAAUACGCUUUUGAUGAAAGAGCAAGGGCUGUAGGUUUUUUGACAAAAGAAUAAACUCAUAGUAAGAAUGUACCUUACAUGUUUACUCAAUGUGAAAGUAAUAAUUGUCGUUCAAUAAUACCUCUACAGGAUACACCAAGUGUGAAAUUUACUUAUACAUCAACAGUGAUAAGCACAAAUCCUUUAAUUAAAGCAUUUAUGACAGGAGAAUAAAUUGCAUCAUUACCUUUAAUCGAAUAAUACGGAUUAGAAUCCACAUUUUAUUAAUAUUCAUUUUAAUUAAAUAUUCCAAUUCCAGCAUAUUUGAUAGGUAUAGUAGCAGGAGAGAUUGAAUAGAAACAUAUUGGAGCAAAUUGUUAUGUUAUUUCUGAGCCAUUUUAUUUAGAUGACUAUGCAAAAGAAUUAGAAGAAUUACCAUUUUUCAUAGAAAAAAUGACUGAUUAUAUUGGUCCAUAUAUUUGGGGAGAUUAUAAGAUAGUUAUAUUACCUUAAUCGUUUCCAUUUGGUGGAAUGGAACACCCUUUAUUAACUUUUGCAAGUCCUGUUAUUAUUGUAGGAGAUAAAAGUGGUGUUGGAACUGCAGUUCAUGAAAUUGCCCAUUCUUGGAUGGGUAAUACAGUUACUGGUAAUAAUUGGUCAAAUAUGUGGAUUAUGGAAGGAUUUUGUGUAUUUUUAGAAAGAAAAACAUAUAAAUACGUAAGACCUUAAGAUUAUGAUAUUAUUGAAGCUAUUAAUGGAAAUUUUAAUUUAAUUUCAGCAAUUUAAGGUUUUACUGAUCCUGAAGAAAAAUCAUAUUAAACAUUACAUCCAACUACUAUUUGGAAAAAUCCUGAUGAUUCUACUUCUUCAGUCCCUUAUGAAAGAGGAUAUUAAUUAUUAUAUUAUUUAGAAUAAUUAAUAGGAGAAGAAAACUUUAAAUUAAUGUUAAGAUAAUACUUAGAUCAUUUUAAAUUUUAAAGUAUUGAUGAAGAUGAUUUCUACAAAUUCUUAUUACAAUGGGUUAGAUCAAAUGUUAAAAUAAAUACUUAAAAAAUUGUUGAUGAAAUUAUUGUUGUUUAUAAACCUUGGGUUUAUUAAUAAGGUAUUUUUUACUUUUAUAUUUAGGGUUACCUCCAAAAACUAUUGAAUUUAAAACUUCUAAAUAUGAUGAAGCUGUUGCUUUAGCAAAUAAAUGGAUAAAUGAAGGUAAACCAGAUAAUGCUGAUGAUUACAAUAAUUACAUGGCCAACCAAAAAAUGAUCUUCAUGCAAUAAAUUUUAGAUAAUUAUACUAAAUUAAAUCAUGCAAAAUUAAAAGAUUUAGAUGACUAUUAUAAAUUAUCAGGAACUAAAUCUGGGCCUAAAAUUGCCUUCAAAUGGUAUAAAACUGUAAUUCUAUGCAAAUAUGAUCCUGGACUUGAUGCAGUUCAUACAUUUUUAUAAAGUUUGGGAGUUAGAUCUUAUGUUGUUGGUACUUAUGAAGUUUUAAUCCCUAAUUAUCCGUAAAUAUUUAAUUUACUUAAGAACUCAAGCUGAAGCCUGGUUUGCUUUAGAUAAAUGGUUAUAUCAUCCAUUAGUUGCUAAUAGAGUUGAAGAAAUGCUUAAAAAAAAGUUAAAUAAGGAUUAAUUUAUUUAAUGA